GGCGCACUGUACGAGAGGGCGGUUCUGAUUCUUUACAACGACAUCCACGACAGAUAACUGAUUUGUAAAACAGCAACGGGAGUAUGGACUUGAGCUUGCGUGACGCUCUCACUGACGGGAAGCCUCAGAUGGGCUCAGAGUCUCUGCUGAAGAGGGACUUUGUGGCGGGACUGGAAGCAGAAACGUUUGACGACAAAGUAGGAGAGAAAGUGGGCAAGGCCGAGUACCGGCCUCUGAUGGACCGCAUGGAUGGGAAGAAGGAAGAGUCCAGCUUCAUGUCUGGAGUGCACAUGGGGGGGAUGAGGCUCGAGCCCCAGGGAGAGAAGGGCCCCGUCUCCACAGUGCAACAGAACUACAGCGCUGACUUCCUGUCAGGUCCAGUUUCGAUGAUGGGAAUGCCUGACCAGUGGGGAAGCCAGCAGAUGGGCUCCAAGAUGAAGGACAACAGCAUGGACUCCUUUAUGGGUUUCCCUCAGACAGGCAUGGGCAUGGGUAUGAGUACGGGCCUCACUGCUGUCCAGUCAGGCAAGCCCUCUGGCAUGGCCGAGCCUCCAAAGACCUCGCCUCUGUUUGGCACAGAGCCCCCGAAGUCAACGCAGAUGCUGGGCAAGCCCAACGACUCCAACCCCUUCAACAUCCAGGACAAUUCUGUAGAAGUUUGGGGGAACCCUUGGGCAGGUGAGGACAAGCAUGACACGGCCCUGCCCAGUGCCCCCUCCGUCACCACGGGAACCAGUCACCAUGCCGACAGGAUGGAACAGAGCCCCUCAGAGCCCUCCACCCCCCAGGGGUCUUUGUCCCAAGACCCCGCCUCUGGCGAGGAGAAGGGGAGCGAAGGGGGCAGUGGCAGCAAGCAGCAGAAAAGGAAGAAGAAGAAGCGAAGGCAUAGGGAGGAGGUGUAUGACCUCCUGGAGAGCCUGGGUUCCCCCGAGUCGGAGGAGGCCCCGGCCGAGGGCUCCCCGAAGGGUUGCUCCUCGCCCCCCAGCGUGGAGGAGGAGGAGAGCUGGGAAAGUGACAUACGGGGCAGGGGAGGGGGUGGGGGUGGGGGGGGCGGGGGCAGGAUCAGGGCCAGGAGGAAUAAAAGCAGGAAGAAGCUCCCCGAGGAGUGGGGCGCACCUGUGAAGCAGGGCAUGGGCGCCGUCUCUCCCUCUGACCCCGACUCAGGCUCCCUGACUCAGGCCUCCAUGGGCUUCCUCGGUGCAGAGCAGGACAGCGGCCCCAAACCUGCUUCUGUAGCAGCAGCAGCCUCUGUGCCACCUCCACCACCAUCCACAUCCACAUCCACCCUCAUGCCAGGCAGUCAGGCAAACACCACUGCACUCUCUGACCAGAAGGACACCAGUGCCCUCUCCGCUGGUGACUCUGCUGGCAAGAAGGAGGGGUCUGGGGAGAAGGACCAUGCACCCUUUGGUCUCCUCGGGACAAAUGCUUUCUCAGCAAAGGAUGAGAAGAUGUUCAAGCAGGAGAAAGCAGAUCCCUUUAGCAAGGGAGACAAUUUCAACAUGUUCGAGAAGACAGACAAACCAGAGAAGGUGGAGAAGAUGGAUACCUUUGAGAAGAAGGAGAAAGAGGACGCAACUAAAAAGAUAGAAAACGUGGACAAGACUCAGAAGAGUGAGAAGAUCAUCAAAGACGAGGAUAAACACGACAAGAUGGAGAAACACGACAACAAAGCGGAGAAGAGCGAGAAGGUGGACAAGCCUGAGAAGACCAACAAGGAGAAGGAGGAGAAGGCCAACACCGAGAAGACAGACAAGGCAGCCAAAGCAGAAAAGAACGAGAAGGCUGGAAAGGGCACCGCCAAGUCUCCGACCGCUAAUGGCAGUAAAGACCUGGUCAGCCCAGACAAGGCCAAGAUAACUGUAGGGUCAACCAAAACAAGUGCAUCCAAAACAAGACCAAACUCGCUGUCUACGGCAGAAAGCGCUGCCGCCCAAAAUCGCACGUCCUCUGCGGUCAAGCCUGCUGCUGAUAAAAAAAGCCCGGCCCCCAAGGCCAGCACCCCGUCUAGUGGCCCGAAGCGAACCACUCCCAGUGAGGCUAAGGCGAAGACACCUGACAAUGGCACUGCCCAGAAGCGACCCUCAGUGUCCAAGGCCAAUGGUGCCCCUGCGUCUCGCACCACCACCCCCAAAAAUGGGGCUCCAGCCGGCACACACACCGCCCGCCGCUCCUCAGCCUCAAAGGCCGAGAGUAAACCAGGCGAGGCGAAGAAGCCCAGCACAGCCAAGACGACAGCAGCUCGCCCCAAGACGAGCCAGACACCGACCCCUGACUCUGCCACACCAGCAACCACCAACGGCACCCCUCGCCGCUCCCGUAUCACCAAGCCCCCCGUGCCCAAGCAGACAGUGCCCGAGAAGAAGCCGCCCGUCCCACGGGCCCCAAGGAAGCCCCUCUCCGCACCCAUGCCUGACCUCAAGAACGUCCGCUCCAAAAUCGGCUCGACGGACAACAUGAAAUACCAGCCUGGUGGUGGAAGGGUGUCCGCAUCCCAGGGCAGGAGCGAUGCUCUGGCAAAGGGCUCCCUCUCCAAAGAGACCAGCCAGAGCAAAGUUCAGAUAGUUCACAAAAAGCUGGACUUCAGCCACGUCACCUCCCGCUGUGGCUCCAAGGACAAUAUCAAGCAUGUCCCUGGUGGAGGGAAUGUUCAGAUUCUCACUAAAAAGGUGGAUGUAAGCAAAGUGACAGCCAAGUGUGGCUCCAAGGACAAUAUUAAGUACAAACCAGGAGGUGGUGAUGUGAAGAUAGAAUCCCACAAGGUGAACAUCAAGGCCAAGUCUAAAAUAGGAUCCAUGGACAAUCUUGGCCAUGAAUCAGGAGUUGACAAUGGCAAGGCUGAAGGGGCUAAAGAGAAGGCAGGAGAGAGCCCAUCCCCCCCUGGUACCAACCAGACAGCUGCGUCAGCCAGCAUGGCAAAGGAGAAUGGGGUGAAGGACAGCGCCGCCAUGCCCAUGCCAGUGCCAUCUGUGGGCGAGGGGCUCCGAGACCCUCCACAGGGGAUGGACAAGCACAUCACUGGGACAAAUUGAGUCUUACCAGCGGAGCUUUGGCGGGAGCGCACGAGCUCGCACGGACCACAGCGCCGUCAUCAUCUCCUGGCCCUCCCCCACCCGAGUGGCAGCCGCCCCGACCCCCCUCCCCUACCCACAUUGCAGCACCUCUCUCAGUGUCUCUCUGGGGUCCGCCAUCUUCCGCCCACCCUCACCCCGAGUCCGCCUGACCUGUCACCUGUCUCCACAGAGACAGACGGGCACUACGCACACAGACACACACAGAAAACACACACUAGCAGGACAGCAACUGUUUAUUUUUUUACCACACACUCCAGGCAUUUACAGAAAAGAACACACACACACAUACACCUUUUACUCAGCUUUAUUUAUCCUCUACCAUCACUGUCAUUCUCUCUGUCCUCUAGGACUUAUCUCCAUAAGCUCUGAUGUCUUGCUGAAGCUCAGCACAGAUUGGAGCUCUGAAAAGACAACGGUUUCAAACACAUGGGUUUCGGUCUCCUCUGGGAUUGUGCAGGCUUUUUUUCUCAAAUCUACGGGAUAAGGUGUUUGGUAAAAGUUUGAGAUCGAGCCCUUCUGGAUGAGGUCACGCUAGGUUAGUCAGUGAAACGAGUGUAGUUAUCCUACCUUCUCCUACAAGUCCUGGCACAGAACUUCCUGUGUCCAUGCUGCUUUCUUAAGACCACUUAUCCCUGAUUUCCUGUGGGCAUUUAGUGUCUUCUCACUGCUGUCCUUUUGACUGGUGUGAGCCAGUGCUUUCCCUUUGACUGACCCAAGCACAUGCUACACACCAGCUACUGCCGUAUCUGAGCACGCCUGACGGCCAGCGCACCCCCCCCCCCCCCCAAUGAAACCCCAGAAUUCACUUGAGAUGUAGCUUCUUACAUCAUACUAUGGCAAUUAGUGAAGCCUUUAUCGUGAGCAUGUGGGGCUGUCUUUGAAUCCUAAUAAAAUAGGACUAACCAGCCAACAUUCACUCAGUCUCUCCCCAUUGUCCUCUUCCCAUGUCUUGAUUCUUCACUUAGAUUAUAACCCCGUGGUCGCCCUCUAAACAGCACUCUGAACUAUUAGAAACUUGUAGGCUCUUUGAACAGUAGGAUAUUUACUUCUCUGUAUCGUGUUUGCGUAAGAAUUUACUGUAACAAAUGAGCUGUAUCAUAUGUUGUUUCAUCAUCAGCCUACUUCUUUCUCUCAUUGUACCGUUUCUCUCGAAGCAAUAUUGUGGUCUUGGCUGAUGGGGCACAAAAAAAAAGCUCAAGUGCACAGGUACAUAAAAAGCUACACCAUGGUACAGCAAGAUCAACACAUGCAUCCCCACUUAGGGUGUACAGGCAGGAUGAGGUAGGAGGAGAGAGGGGAAGAUGUAAGGAGGCAGAAGAGCAAACCUGCUGGUAGUGAGCAGGGGGUUUUGUUUACACCACAAAUGAUGAAGGCAUAUUCUAAAAAUGGCACACAGUGUAAUAGAUAAACCACCUAUGCUACCUGUCUCUGGAAUGACAUGGUUUGGGAGCUAGUGUUAUCAAAAAUCACUGUUUAACUUGUAAGUUCGUUGGUGGAGACAUGUUGACAAGCAUCACCAAAAUGAGAAAUUGGAUAAUAUUUGCCUGACUGGUGACAACCAGUUUUUUUGUCAAGUGCUAAAGGGUAAUAUUGGGAACCAUGGUCUACACAGGAUGUAAGACCAAUUCCUAUCCCAAAAUGUCAAGAUAUAAGAUUGUGAAUUUUUAUUUUGACUUUUGAUAUUUGCAAUUACUAUUGUACUGGACAGUAUUUUAUUGAGCUUUUCUUGUGUUUUAUUUGUGAUGAGUAUGGACAUUUAAAUGGCACAGUGUGAGCGCUUUGUACACUUUAAAAUCCUCUAGUGAUCCAAGUUUUGGAGGGUUGGAUGACGAGGAGCCCUCUUGUAACAGUGCUGCUGACCGUGUACCAGUAAUGCUUGUCAAGUACGCUAGCAUUCGAGCAUUAGGUAUAUUAUACCCCUCAAAAAGUAUUACUAUUCAACAGAAAGUACUUUGAAACUUUCCUCUGGUCAAUUCCAUUCUGGUCAUUUAAUUAUCAGUGAAACAAAUGUAGCAUACUGUAUGUUGGCCAAGUAGAAAGCUUUCAGUAACCACUUCAGUAGGAGUAAAGCAAUCAUUUGAAAAGCACCUUAUUAUAAUUUGUGUAUUCAGUGAGAAAAUACCCCAGACUUCUCUUUAGAUUUGAAUCGAUUUUACAAAAAAAAAGUGAAAUGAUUGAAAGGAGUCACAGCAACGGUAUAGCCAUGGAGUAGUGCGUAGGUGGCGUGUGUGUGAUAGCUGUGAGAACUCCAGGUUGUUUGCCCGUGAGUGUAGUAGUGAGUGAGUGUGCUCCGCUGACCUGUCUUUUGUCCCUUUGGUGGUGAGUGUGCACCUAGCAGUGCUUGCAUCUGUCUUUGGUUGUUGUGCUUAAAGUACCUUCUAUCUGCUUUGAUCACUCAGUCACUCAGUCACUCAUCAGCCAGCCAGCCAGCCAGCCAGUCAGUUAGUCAGUCAGUCGGUCGGUCAGUUAGGCAGACAGUCAGUCAGUUCUUCUCUCUCUCUCUCCGUGUCUGCCGGGUGUUUCACCUUUCGGAUGCUCAGUCACUGCUUGCACCCUUCCAACAGGUCCCCACUGUUAAAUAGACAACACACACAGUGUUACAGUAAUCACGACAGGGAACGAGGGUAAAAAAUCAAAUCUUGAUUGGAUGUUAACUUAUGUGAUGAAAGAAAAGCUGUGGAUUCUUACAUAACUUUCUCUGGACAGUGUUUUAUUCUUAAGCGUGUCUGCCUUUUUGUUAAAAAGGGCUGAUGAACAAGAAUGUUUUUAAAAAUGCAAUGUAUUAAGUAAGAUGCAAGGAAUAUACAGUAUAUGUAUACAGGAUUUUUUUCAGUCUGUUAUUAAGAUAACAAUGAGUCACUCACUAAAUAAAUUACUAGAUAGCUAGAGGUAUCCUUUUGUUUAGUUAAGGGACAGCUGAUUUAAAGGUGCUGACUUUCAGGGUUACCACCUUGCUAACAAUCUGCCUUGUGCACAUUGCUCUUUUAUAUACCCCAUCCUACUUAGGGUUUCAAAUUAAAUUUGCAUGAAGAGUAACUACUUCUCAAACAACUGCGCAUAAGUGUAGUCAAAUUCUACUUCAAGUUCACACCACAAGCAUUCCUGACUCUUUUGUGUGUUAUGUAGAGAGAGCUUUUAAACGUCACAACACCUGUAACUGGCCGUGUGGAACAGACAGCAUUCAGGAAGUGCACGAGAAAGGUUAAAGGUCAUCAGUAACCCCCUGGAACAGUGAUUCCGCACCUGCUGCACCCGACACACACAGUCAGUGAAUGUGAAUGCUGAGAUGUCCAUUCCCCACCUCUAUAUGAGACUAAUUAUAGUUGUCUUGUGGCAUGUGUUACAGUAGGUAGCCAGCUCCUGGAAACCAGCAAGGAGCCCCUCUAGUUGUGCAUCUACUCGAAAGGCACAAUAAGUGUGUACUUGCUAUUUAACACACCAUAAGAGCAUGCAGUGGACAAUGGACUGUAGACAUCAGUCUAGGUAGACUGGAUUCAUUGUCUCCCCUUUUAUUUUGAGAUGUAUUUUUCUUUCUGAGAGAUGUUCAUUGUGUUUAAUUGUUAACUAGUGAUGUGAAUAUUAAUCAUAAAAUAAAAAUCAAACAAAAAUGG